AUGACCGCUGGAAGAUACAUCGCCACGCGCUUCUCCACACUCAAGCCUCCAAUGACUAAGGUCGCCAACCCCAUAAGCCUUUUGCGAAUGCUCAACAGACAACAAUGGCUUUUUUUUUCGGUCGCCUUUAUUGCAUGGACUUGGGACGCCUUCGAUUUCUUCACCGUCUCGCUGACAGUAUCCGAACUUGCUAAGGAGUUCGGCAAAACCACAAAAGACAUCACCUGGGGAAUUACACUUGUGCUCAUGUUCCGUUCUGUCGGCUCUAUCGCCUUCGGUAUCGCUGCUGAUCGCUAUGGACGCAAAUGGCCUUUUGUUGUCAACAACAUCCUGUUCAUCAUUCUUGAGCUCGGUACCGGUUUCUGCCAAACCUACAACCAGUUCCUUGCUGUCCGUGCUCUAUUUGGUAUCGCUAUGGGCGGUCUUUACGGAAACGCUGCAGCCACUGCACUUGAGGAUUGUCCUGAAGAGGCUCGCGGUAUCAUCAGUGGAAUGCUGCAGCAAGGUUAUGCGUUUGGAUACCUGCUUGCCGUAGUCUUCGCCCGUGCUCUCGUCGACAACACUCCCUACGGUGGAUGGCGCCCUCUCUUCUGGUUCGGUGCUGGUCCUCCUGUUCUGAUCAUCCUGUUCAGACUGUGUCUGCCAGAGACAAAAGCGUACCGCGAACGUCAAGCUGUGCGUGAGUCUGGAAGUCCUAACAUUGGAGGCACUUUCAUCGCCGAGGGAAAGAUCGCUCUCAAGCGCCACUGGCUCCUCCUGACUUAUAUGGUUCUGUUGAUGGCUGGCUUCAACUUCAUGUCUCACGGAAGUCAAGAUCUCUACCCCACGAUGCUCAAGAACCAGUACCAGUUCAACCCCAACUCUGUCACAAUCACUCAGGUCGUUGCUAAUCUUGGUGCUAUUGCUGGAGGAACAACCAUGGGCUACUGCUCUACCAUUUUCGGUCGCCGUCUCACUAUCAUCGUGGCUUGCGUGGUUGGCGGCGCUCUGCUCUACCCCUACACCUUCACCUCCUCCAAAGCCGUCAUGGCAGCUGCUUUCUUCGAGCAGUUCUGCGUUCAAGGUGCUUGGGGUGUAAUUCCCAUCCAUCUCAUGGAGCUGUCGCCCGGUGCUUUCAGAACCUUCGUCGUCGGUACCGCAUACCAACUCGGCAACCUUGCUUCCAGCGCAAGUUCUACCAUCGAGGCUCAGAUUGGCGAGCAGUUCCCUCUACCUCCUAUCCACAAGGUAGAGAGAUACAACUAUGGCAAGGUCAUCUGCAUCUUCCUUGGAUGCGUUUAUGCUUAUGUCAUUGUCCUUACUAUCGUCGGACCUGAGUUCAAGGGCCGUGAUAUGAGAGUUAUUCACGAUGAGGACACUGCAGAGGCGCUCGGCACGACUUUCAAGGAGAAGCGUCAGGACUCGGAGUAUGCUGAUCGCAUCGAGCAUGUCUCGUAA